AUGGGAAUCGCUUUGAAGGAACUACCGUUAAAAAUGGCGUGUUUUUUACACCAACAAAAAUCAAAUACAUCCAUCUAUAAUCUACUGUUUUCCCCAAUUUAUUCAUUUUUGGAACCCAGAAGUUUUUUGACAAUGUAUACAUAUUGAGAUAUAUCAAAAUUAUGACUCUUUUUCUAUUUUGUACGAAUAAUUCAUUCGUAAUUCAUUCAGUCACCGUUCAUUCGAUACAGCGUGCAGCGUUUUGUAGCCCAGAUGGGUUCGCUAAAUUUUAGCUGCUGUCAGAGUGAUUCUAUAUUGUUAUUGUUGCAGCAGGUUAUUUUUGAUAUACUUUGCGAUCACGUUCGCUACAGAAAAAGCGAUAAAUUUAUUAUGAAGCUUUCGAACAGAUGUACAUCAUCAUACAUAAAUAAUUUAUAAUAACUUAUACAUCCUGUUACUUGUAUUUUCUCUUUAGUUUUUGUUCCAAUUGUAUUUGUUCUUAUCAAUAUAGUUUUCUCUUGCAUAUAAUAUAUAUUUUUUAAAUUAAACUUGAAAAUAUGAUGCCGAUGAAUGAAGAAAAAACUGACAUGAACCGAUCAGAAAACAGUUCCAUGUCCUCAAUGAUUUCAGCCACGGGUAUUUAUUUUUACCCGUGGGUGUCCCUUUUAACCCUUAUUUUCACCAGUUUUUUCGGCUCUGUCGGAAAUCUGAUUGUCGUCACUGUCUAUGGUCUGAAACGAAACAAAAAUGCAAGUGAAUGCUUCAUAUUACAGCUGGCUUGUCUUGACCUGUGGGUGAGUGUGUUCUACAUGCCAGUCAGUGUGUUCGAGAUCUUGACUGACAGCCGGCAUGCUCUGGUUUGUCUGGUCGACAAGGGAGGCGCAUUCGCCUACGUCACCGCCUCAUUCGUCAUGUUCAUCUGCAUUGCAACUGAUCGACUCAUAGCUGUCAACAAACCACACUCUUACAAGGUGCUUACAUCAAUGUGUUUGUGGUGGCCCGUAAGACCCUAGCAGGACAUCAGUACUCUCGCACGGGCGGCACCCUCCAGUUGGACCAGGGCGCCAACUGCCGAUCAAACGGGAAGGAACAAAAGGUCAAACUGAGCCGAGAAUCGCUUGGCAGCUCACACGCAAUUUGCACGUCAACUAUAGACGCGGACGAUCUUCAGUACAAUCAGGAAGAUUCACACGACAAAGACCUCACAAUUAAGCCGAACGAACCCGAGAGUUGCCGCAUUUCCGACGCAAGUUGUCGCGAUAAAGGUCGGAAGGUAGUUUUGGGUGGGGGCUCAAAAGCGAAGAUCGAGCAGAAGAAGAAACGAAAUAAAGACGAAGAAGGUUUACAAAACAGCGAAAAAGAUCAUGAAAGUGAUAGUGAAUCUUCUUCAGACAAGCAGGACGUUGUUGCCAAAUCAGAACACCUGAGACGGAUGAAGCGGGACCGAAAUGUGCGGAAGCAGUGGCAGAUCGCAAUCACCCUUUUCCUCGUAACAUUCGUGUUCAUUCUAUGCUACGCGCCCAGCGCUAUUGUUGACUUGGGCUCGUGGCAUGAAAAAAUAGAGAUGCCCAAUUUCGGAAUGAGGAUAGAAGAAGUUCUGUUCUCGCUUCUCUGGUACAGUGUGCCCGCCAACCCCAUCAUAUACGGGUUCACUUCGCCCCGAUUCAGAAAAGAAACGCGCAUGUUGAUGAACAGGGCCAAGCUGUUCUCUUUCAACACUCAACAUGCAAUUUAGUUUUUUUAUUAUGGCUGGUUGAUGUUAUUCAAAAAUCGUUCUUUAUAUAUCCUAAGACAGCUUCGAAGCUUUCCAAAACUAUCCUCUGCAUUAGCAGAAACCGAAAUUUCUGAAAAUAUUUAUAGAACUUUGGAAAUGCCUCGAAAAAUAAGCACGCACACUUUCAUGUUCUUUCUAUAUUUGUCAAAGAUAAUUAAAUUGUCAGAAAUUAUUGUUGAAAUAGUUAAAAAGUAGAUAUUUUGGAGUGAAAUUUCAUAGUUGUAUUUGUUAUUUCUUUCGAAGCCGCUAAUCGAUUCCUUUUUGGCGUCAGCUCUCCACUCAAAG